GGACGCUUAGCGAUUGAACAUGGCGCGGGAAACCCGGGAAGCCGAGGCAAUGGAUGUCCACGGAGAGGACGUCUCAGAGGCGGACAGUCUCUCUCCGGCUCAGCUAAAACUGUAUGAGACGCAGUUUUUCGGCUUCACCCCGCAGACCUGCAUGAUCCGUGUUCACAGUGCUUUUCUGGACUGUUUGUACGAAAUUUUGCCCGUUGUGGAGAAGGUUUGCGUGCGGCAGUUGAGUAAAGGGGAACCGGACGGGACUGAGGAACUGCUCCGGUCCCGGGCUAGAGAGUGCAGCCGAAAGCUGCAGCAGUUCCUCGAAGAGCGGUUCAAACAGCUGUCUAAGCGGAUGGAUGGGCUGCUGGUUAGCCACUGUUUCUCCGUGCCGCCAAACGUUCUGCUACCCGAGGACCAGUCGCACAAAAACAACCCCCAAGACAUCCAGGAGGUACUGAAGCUGGAGUCCUCCCUGGUGGACCUCCAGAGAGCCUAUGAAGCAGAAGUUUGUGCCAGACAGGCCCUGCUAGCUGAGCUAGAAGAGCAGAGGGAGGUGCAGAAACAGCUGGACGAGAUCCUGACAUGGGUCGGUGAGCUCCAGGAAGCCUGGGUGAGGGAAGGUAACGGCAACUUCCAUGAAAGUUUUCGACUGGUGAUGGAGUCUGUAAAGAAACUGCAGGAGGCCAUAAGGGCGGUGCUGGUCUGCAGCACAGCUCCUCAAUGAACCGAACUCAUAUUUGUUUAAAGUCUGUCACCCAAAUUAAUAAGUUCUUCAAUUGUUUGCCAAUUCAUUUUGGUCACCACUGGUCAUAAAUAAAUGGAAAUAUUGUGAAAACACAAAAAAAGACUAGUUAUCCUUAAAAAGACACUGCAACUCUGAGAAGGUGCAGACAGCUUUAUCACAUUUCCCCCAUAAAAGUGUAAUGUGAAUAAUAAAGCAUAUAUAUGCAGUUGCGUCUGUUUAAUAACCUUUUAGUUAAUAUUCAAAGGGGUUGUAUUGUAUGGCAGCAGUUCUCAAAGUUUUACUGCCAUGCUCUCCUGCAGAAGCUAAAAAAAGUUCAGAAAAGAAAAAUAAAUUGUAAAGCUACAUUCAGUUGCUUCCUUUUCCCACAAAUUGUAGAUUUCUAAAUUGGAUUUCCUUCAUGACACAACCCAAAUAUCAUUGUCAUUUUUGCCUGUCAGCCAAAUAUUAUUGAAAAAUCCAUAUUUUUUUCCCCCUGCUUGUCCAAUAAUCAUACCUACGUCCUCAACAUGAAGACUGCAGCCUUAAUGGUGUACUGCUUUGUUUUUCUUUCAUCACAUGUGUCUUUACCUGUUUUUGUCAUUUUACUAAUUUGCAAUUCUCUUUUAUCAGUUUAACCAUUUGAUUAAGAUUAACGCUGUCCAGCAGAUGGCGCUGUCUGCAUGUUAAUGUCAGGGAAUCACUAUUCACUUAAGCAGAAAUAACAAAUACACUGGUCUGAGCUUCUUACGUGUCAUUAUUUGAUGUAUUUCUCUGUACAGUAUGACGGCAAACUGAAUAACUUUUUGUCUUGCAUAAGACAUUGUCAUAUUGUUCAGAUAUUUUAGAUUAAAAAACUGUUUUGAGAAAGAAACGUACAGUAAAUUUACUCACCAGCAAUGAAAACAUUUGUUACCCGCUCAUUCAGUGCUGAGGAAGCACAGGAUAAAAAUUACUGGCCUUGUGUUGUAAAGAAUAAAUGUUUGUUUACAGAGUAAAA